AUGAAGUCGUGUAAAAGGCCUGAGAUAAGCAUCUUCAGGCACUUUGUCUGCUGUCUGCGUGUGGCGGCGCAUAACUGUAGAGACUGCAAUAAUCCCGUAGAAUCUGACCGGGAUGACUUAUCUGUGGCAGGGGUGCAGCCUUUUAUAGAGGAGAAAGAGCUGGAGGUUUUGGAGAAAAGACAUUCAGAUCUUUGGUUAAACGAAAAACGGGCAAACAAUCUAGAAGACAGUGUGAUUGAGUUUGAUGAAGAUUUGGCCUCAGAUCCAUUAGAUUUGGAAUAUGUCCCACCUAUAUCUUUGAGUGCUGGUGUUGCAAUUCAAAGAGAAUCAAAAGAUGGCAUUGUGGCCCUUGCUGACGGGAGAAUGGACUCACCAGGUCAUUCUGCAACCAUGCAAGCAGCCGAGAAGAGUUCAUGGACAUUUGGCGAAGUGUACUGCACCAUGUUAGUGGCGUGCAUGAGUGGGACCUGGAUGGCUGAGUUCCUCACAUUUCGGACCACCUCACAGCUGGAAUCAUUCCAAAACCAUAUUCUGAUCCGUCCGGCACAUGUGAACAGCAAAGGCCAAGUGUCCCUAAAGAGACUAUUGUCCGGCACCUCGAUUCCUGUCAGAGGAGAUGGAGAAAGGAGAAAGGUACACAGCAAAAGAGAUGGUGGAACUGCAGGAAAACCCUGGUGA